AGUAUUUAUGAGCACAAAUAUGUUUUACGUAAUAUACUUUAAUACAAUCAUUCUUGAUUAACAGUUUUCACUUAUUACCAGAGUUACAAUAUCUAAAUUACAUAAUUUGUUUUGUUUAUCUGUGUGAAUUUGUUUCCUUAAAUUAUAUAUAUAUUUCUAAAAUUUUAUAAUAUAAACUAUAUAUAUUAAACAUUAAUAUAAGCGAAUCGUUACCAGCAAAUGAAAAUCGAUAUCUUAAUAUAAAUCGAUAUAAUAUAUUCGAUAACAUUUUAAUAUAAAGUAGUUUAACUUAAUUAUAAAUUAAUAAAAUGUGAUUGAUAUUCUUCUCUAUAAAAGAUCUAUGAAGAUAAUGACUAUAAGAGAAGCAUUAAAUUCAGCUAUUGAUGAAGAAUUAGCACGAGAUCCAAGAGUAUUUAUUUUAGGAGAAGAAGUUGCACAAUAUGAUGGUGCUUACAAAAUAACAAAAGGUCUUUGGAAAAAAUAUGGUGACAAAAGAGUAAUUGAUACUCCUAUAACAGAAGCUGGAUUUUGUGGUUUAGCUAUUGGAGCAGCACUUGCUGGUUUAAGACCAAUAUGCGAAUUUAUGACAUUUAAUUUUUCAAUGCAAGCUUUUGAUCGAAUUGUAAAUGGUGCUGCUAAAAAUUUCUAUAUGACUGGAGGAAAAUUUUCUGUACCCAUUGUUUUUCGUGGUGCAAAUGGUAAUGCUAAAGGUGUAGCAGCACAACAUUCCCAAUGUUUUGUAGCAUCAUACACACAUAUACCUGGCUUGAAAGUUAUGUCUCCAACAACUUGUGAUGAUUAUAGAGGUUGUUUUAAAGCUGCUAUUCGAGAUCCUGACCCAGUUGUAAUGUUAGAAAGUGAAAUGAUUUAUCAUAUUAAAUUUCCUACAUCAGAUGAAGCUAUGGAUAAAGAUUUUACCAUACCUAUUGGUAAAGCUAAAAUUGAAAAACCUGGUAAACAUAUUACUUUAGCUACACAUGGUUUAGCUGGUGUGCAUACAUUGAAAGCAGCAGAACUUCUGGCAGGAGAAGGAAUAGAAGCAGAAGUGGUUAAUUUACGUUCUCUUAGACCAUUAGAUUGGGAUACACUUUUUCAAUCUAUUUCAAAAACUCAUAGACUUAUGACUAUUGAAUUAGGAUGGCCUACAUGUGGAAUAGGUGCUGAAAUUGUGGCACGAGUUAUGGAAAAUCCAGUAUUUUUUCAACUUGAUGCACCAGCUGUACGUUGCACGGGUAUUGAUGUACCUACACCAUAUGCAGAAAAUCUUGAAUAUGAAAGUUUACCAAAAGACCAUCAUAUUGUAGAUUUUGCUAAAAAACUUUGCGGUGUAGCAAAAAUAUAACUUUAUUAAUUUAAUUAAUUUAAUUAAUUCAUAACUUCGAGAAUAAAAAUUAUAGAAUAGAAUUUAUUGCUAAAAAAUUUUAUAGUAACAAAAA